AUGAUCGACAACUGCUUACAAGAUAGUAACAACCAUAAUGCUGAACCAGAAGAGGAAGAAGAAGAGGGGGAAGGACUUCAAAGUAUGCAACAAGCAGAAAGAAGUAAUUUAAGCAGACAAUACCGUAGGCAACGACGUUCACCACGUCGAAAAUCAAAUGCAAAAAAUAAGAGACCUCGACCUCGACAAAGAAAUCGUUCAGAGGUACAACACAGACGACAAAGCCGUCCAAUGAAACGACCAUUAUCAUCUCGUUCUCCAAAACAAAGAUUUAACAAGAGAAUACAAGGUCAAUCAAGAUCACGUUCUAGACCAAGCUAUAGUAGGUUAUUAAAACAAUGA